UGAACAGUCUUGCAGAAUUUUAUACUACUUCCCUUGAAGAACAUCUUCAAAUUGCUUUAGAGCUUUUGGAGGUUGGAAUCUGUUCGUCACUCUAGGCUCCAAAACUGACCAAGAGUGGUCCAAUUAUACUCAAAUCUGGUGAUUGUGAUGGCCAGGGAAGAUGCUGAAGUUCACCUUCAUGCUCUUCAAACCAUGGUUGAACAGUUCCAGAUGUGUGAACGGGGGCAUUGCCAUCUUGGAAAACUGCAUCGUUGUUCGGAAAUAACGUCUGGAUCCUGGGAUGCACCUGAUUACCCAACCUGUCCCUUGCAGUAAUUCUGCCAUGAGGGGUAGUAAUGGGAGCAACAGAAUACUAUGAUAUUGCUGCCCAAACCAUCAUAGAACCUCCCGUGUUUCAGUGUUGGAACCAGGCAUUCCUAAUUGUAGGAUUCCUGGGGUAUCCUCCAAACAUAAACUCUUUCUGGAGAGCUUGAAGGACGACUCAUCUGACCAGAUCACACGCGUUUCCAGUUGUCCUGUGUCCAGAUUUUAUUGUCGUGACACCAUCGUUUACGCAUCUGAGCAUUGCUUUCAGUAAUCAGAGGUUUAGCAAUUGCAGCCCAAUUGUUGGAUUUGUAAAGCUCAAUUCCGACAGUUUUUGUGGAAACAAGUCUUCAAGAUGAAUAUUCAGUUCUGCUCUCACCUGUGCUGCAGUAGCUCUGUGAUUCUUCGAAACAAUCCAUUUUAGUGUACAACGAUCUUUUUCUGUUAAUGUUGAUUUUCGCCCACUGUUCCUCUCCGCUGAUGUCGUCCCAUUAUCCGUGUAUGCCGAGAUAACCUUAGGAACUGUUGCUCUCGAUACACCUAAUAAUGUUGUAGUUUUUGUUACAGAUGCUACCGCUAAACGCGCACAAACUAUCUGUUCUCUUUCAAAAUCGGACAAGUUUCCCAUUUUCCGAUCGUUUCACAUGGACUCUCACUCAACACAAUCACUAUUACAGCAUGUAAAUAAACGGCAGAAUGUGCCAUGUUGCCAUCUGAAGUUCUUUCAAUGCAGCGAAUACAAAUUCUAUUCCUCAGUUUCUUAGUAUUUCUCUUAUUUUUCUCAUCCACUAUAUAUUCAAGCGAACUCCGCAAAUUAUCGGUUGCUGGUGACCCCUGGUGACGAUUGUAGGGAUUUUGGCUCUGGUGUGGUAAGGGUUCUCGUAAGAAUUUAGGGAACUUUCUUGCCGUAGUUAACGCGGUAAAAAUAAGUAAAAGGAUUUACGUAUUUGUGUUGUUUAAUUUGACUUCGUUGAAGGAAAGUAUUGCCAUAUUCGUCUGAAAUCCACAAAUGUCUGUCGCCGAAGUGUUAUACUUAACUACUUACAAUACAGGCAGCUGGCGACAGAUAAGAUAUGGGAGGAAGUCGGAGUUGAAAGUGCAUAAUCAUCACAACUAACAGGUUAUGUUGAAAAGUGUUAACAUGUCAUCGUUGUAAGGAAGAAGUGUAAUCUUUGUUACCAGCAUAUUUCCAAGGUGUUCUUGCAUAGCAGCACAAGUUGUUCACUCUGUGUGCCUAACGGGUUGAACGGCAUGAAGCUUCUGAGGCUGGGACACUACUAUAGCCAUCACUGUUUCCUGCCACGGAGGAGGCUGACAUCCACAGUCACCUCAAUACCGAAAAUAUGCAUUGUUGGAAGUGGACCUGCCAGCUUCUACACUGCACAGCACCUGAUUAAGACUGUUCCACGUGUGGAAGUUGACAUUUAUGAGCAGCUACCAGUUCCAUUUGGCCUUGUACGCUUUGGUGUAGCACCAGAUCAUCCUGAAGUGAAGAACGUGAUAAACACAUUCACGAAGACAGCCAAGAGCCCUCAGCUGAGAUUUGUAGGGAAUGUGACUCUGGGUCGGGACUUGUCACUGAAGGAACUCAGGAAUGCAUAUCACGCUGUGGUAUUGGCAUAUGGUGCAGAUAAGGACCGAGAACUGGGUCUGAAGGGUGAGCAGCUUGGUAACGUGGUCUCAGCCCGCAGGUUCGUGGGAUGGUACAACGGUCUGCCUUGUGAUACAGACUUUCCUGUUAACUUGGACGUGGAGGAAGCAGCAGUACUGGGACAUGGAAAUGUUGCUCUGGAUGUUGCCCGCCUUCUGCUUACACCCAUCGACAAACUCAAGAGUACUGAUAUCACAGAGCAUGCUCUGGAGGCGCUGUCACGUAGCAGAGUUCGUCACGUAAAAGUGAUUGGCCGACGAGGUCCGUUGCAGGUUGCAUUCACCAUCAAAGAAUUACGUGAGAUGCUGAAUCUUCCAGACUGUAUCACAGUGUGUAACCCAUUCGACUUCGAAACAGUCCGUUCUGCUGUACCAAAUCUAGAGCGACCGAGGCGCCGCCUCACAGAACUGCUGUGUAAAGCUGCAGAUUUGUCUCCUUCAGGAAAUGUGGAUUCAAACUCAAGACAAUUUCAUCUGGUAUUUUUUCGUUCACCUCUCAGCUUCCAACCUUCACCAGAUGUGCCUGACACAGUGGGUAGCAUGCAGCUGGAAGUCAACCAGUUGGAUGAGCAGCAGCAUGCUGUACCAACAGGGAGCACUGAGACAGUGCAGUGUGGAUUGGUGUUACGCAGUAUUGGGUAUCGCAGUACACAGGCUGACCCAGAUGUGCCAUUUGACAUAGACAGAGGACACAUUCCAAACAUUUCUGGGGUUGUCCAGCCUGGUCUGUAUGUCGCAGGGUGGCUUGCUACGGGCCCUAUUGGUGUAAUCUUGUCCACUAUGACCCAAGCAUUUGGUGUAGGGCGAGCUGUUGAAGCAGAUGUGAGCUCUGGGCGUGUUGAUGUGUCACAGGCCAGACCAGGACACACAGCUAUAGGGAAACUGCUGAAUGACAGAGGAGUGACAACUGUCAGCUGGAAAGACUGGGAGCGCAUUGAUGCUGUAGAACAGAGCCGAGGUAAGAACGUUGGUAAGCCUCGUGAAAAGAUCGUGGACAUCAAUGAGAUGUUGGCAGUAUCAGUCGGGACUGGUGGAACAUGACCCCUACAAUAUACAUUUUUAUAUAAGUACACACGCACAAAUUAAUGAGCCUACGGCUGCCUGCGGAAGGAUGGUUCAGCUGUCUACUUCACCAGUACAUAAUCCUAUUUACAGCAUGCUGCGCCAUCAGUUAUCAUACUCUACCAUCAACGUACAUGCAAGCCAUCUACGGUCAUGUGAACUCUCUUCAGACAGGCACAAAGUGGACAUUACAUCACAUUUUAUGUAUAUAGAUAGAGAUAAUAACCUUGAAAAGCCAAAAUUCUAUUCCUUGCUAUAGGCAGAUUCAAAUUACAGUGAGGUUGAGUGCUGACUGCCAUAGCUUAGGAUCAUUUCACAACUGUGAUACUACAUGUUAUAAGUCAAGAGCUGCUUUGUGUGCAUGAACGUGCUGACAUCCAGCCAGAAUGAAUGGGCAAUGUUUGUUUGGUAUGUGGCAUCAUAGUCAUUUUCCUUUUUGGCUGAACCAAUAUUACCUGACCUGUUCUUUUGAGGUUGAAAUUGCUACUGCAAAGUUUAAAAGGUAUAAAUCAUCAGGUGUAGAUCAAAAUGCAGCACAUCUGGUUCAAACAGGAGGUGAAUCAUUAUGGUCUGAGAUUUGUAAACUCAUUGAUUCUAUUUGGAAUAAGGAACAAUUGCCUGAACAGUGGAAAUAGUCUGUUAAUGCACCAGCUGACAAGAAGUGUGAUAAAACUGACAAUAUCUUACCCAACAUCCUUUUCUCGAGGUUAAGUCCAUAUGUGGAUAAAAUUAUAUAGAAUUUGAAAAUUUGACUUACCUUUGUACUCGUAUUGAUCCAACUCACAAUUUUCCAGCCUGUGCAUUCUAUGCACGUGUUCCCCUUACCCCUACUAUCCCCACUGCCAUCAUCUUUUCAUGAGGUAGUAUUCUUGAAAUUCAAGACACUGGCUGGCGAGGCUUGACACAAGGAAAUUGGCACCAAGUGUUCAUCUGGCUGACAGUUUUCUAAGAUGUUUUGGUCUGCUAUCUGCCUCUGGGACCACUAGCUGGUCCACACACCACCUGAGGAAAUGAGGUGUUUUUGGUUCCCAGAGUUUAGGAUUCAUCUUGGGAUUCAUGCAACAUCUAAGCCAUUUUGUGUUGUUAAUACUUUUUGUAUUGUUUAAUUUUAUCAUUUGUGUUGCUGGUUCAUUUCAUGAUUAAUUUAUUGGUAAUAUUUUCACUCACCUCCUACAUGGGUAAUAUUUGUGCAUUUUUAUUGGUUAAAUAUACAGUAUGUCCCACAACAGAAUAAGCUUAUUACAUGUUCUUGGGAUCAUUUUGUGUGAAAAAGUUCUAAUGAACAUGGGUCCAAUCUGCAACGGUUUGUGAAGAAAAUGAGAAUGAGCAUUCAACGGCAUUUGUAACUUUUACAUUAUUUCCAUUUGCAUUUAUGUUACAGUAUUAUUAUUUUCCAUGUUAAUGUGGGUUCCUGGUCACCAUGGCAUGGCAUGCCCUCAGGUUGCGGAUGAAGAAGAUGACCUGUGAAUAUAUUGAAUAAGUGGUUGCGAACCAUCAACAAGUGGUGGUCCUCCAGCUUGGAGGGUUGGGCUUGGGGCCACAACUCCUCACCAUAAAAAAAAAUUCUUAUGAAAUAUCACAAAGGAUCUUAUAUAUGGAUGGAUUUUUUUUGAUAAAUGACCUAAGCUAAGGAAAAUGGAUAUGGAAUUUAGUACAUGGAAUAUAAGAAGUCUGUGUAGGGCAGGUCCUCUCAUGACAGUUGCAAAAGAAAUAUCAGGGUAUAAGUUACAUAUAGUAGGAGUACAGGUCAGAUGGGACAGGGAUGGCGCUGAAUCAGCAGGCAGAUAUACAUUUUCUGUAGAAAGUGAAAUGAAAAUCAUGAAUUAGGUACAGGUUUUUUUUCUACAUCUGAGAAACAUAUCAUAGUUAAGAGGGUAGAGUUUGUUAGUGAUAUAGUGUCAUACAUAAUACUAAGGGGUCGCUGGUAUGAUAUCGUUGUUUUUAAUGUUCAUGUCAGAACAGAGGAUAAAAUAGAUGAUACAAAGGACAGCAUCUGUGAGGGACUAGAAUGUGUAUUUGAUAAAUUUCCUAAAUACCAUUUGAAAAUUUUAUUAGGAGAUUUCAGUGCCAAAUUAGAUAAGGAAGACAUUGUCAAACCAACUAUAGUGAAUGAGCGUUUACACAAAAUUAUUAAUGAUAAUGGAUUUAAUCUGAUGGAAAUGCGAUCAAAUUGACGAUAUUUUGAUAGACAGGAGAUGACAUUCAAGCAUACUUGAUUUCCAAUCAUUCAGGGGAGCAGGCUGUGAUACUGACCACUCUCUGGUGGUGGCAAAAGUUAGGGAGAGACUGCCAAUGAGUAAACAGACAAUGCAUAGAUUUUGUGUGGAGAGGUUCAGUUUCAAGAAACUGAAUGAGGUAGAGGGUAAAUAGCAGUAUCAUGUUGAAAUCUUAAAUAAGUUUGCAACUUUGCCCACACACACAGCAUUGUCAGUUUGUGAAUUUAUGAUGAAAAGUGCAUUCCCAUGCUUCUAUAGGCUCCUUAUUUUCCGAAAUUUUCACCUUGUGAUUUUUACUUGCCCCCAAAUUAAAAUUGAGAGCCAAGGGCUGUUAUUUUCAAACAUUUGACAGAAUUCAGAAAGCUGUAACUGACGCCAUCAAGACCCUAACAGAAGCUGACUUCCAGCCCUUCCCCGAGGUAUGGCAAAUUCACUGGGCCAAGUAUGUUGCAUCAGAGGAAUGUUAUUUUGAAGGGAACAGUGUUGAUUUAGACGAGUAGUUGAAUA